AUGCCGCCGCCGAUAUGUAACGAUCAUCUGUUCGGGCCCGUGGUCAGUGGUUGUUCAGGGAGAACAUUUGACUUUACUAGGACCUUUGAGGACAUAUUCUUAUCGCUGGUCCCCAAUACUCUUUUUCUGAUCACUGCCCUGGUUCGCAUAGGAUACUUGGUACGGCAGGUCCGGGUGGCCAAUGGCCUAUUAUGUCAACUUCUCAAACUGCUGACUACGGCUAGAACAGCGAUGACUGUUGUCAGUGCGGCAGCGAUGAUUCCUCUUUCUUUUCUGGAGCACACAAGGUCGCCGCGGCCGUCUGACCUACUGACGAUCUUCCUAGUGCUAACAAUUCUGUGUGAUAUCGUAUUGACUCGGACAUCCUGGUUGGCCGGUAGUCAGUCUUGGCAAAUAGGUGAUGCAUGCAUCCAGACGGCAGCAGUAGUAGUAAAGUGCAUCAUCCUUGCGGUGGAAUCGAAAAGUAAGGACAACUGCAUAAUGAAUCACUCUGGAGUGGAGCACAGUCCGGAGGAGACCAGCGGUCUCUUGUCUCUGGCAUUCUUUUCUUGGCUCAACCCUCUCUUUUUGCAGGGAUACCGAGAAAAUCUCCGGGUAGACAGUUUGUACGCUCUCGAUGAAAAGCUGAAAGCAAAGACUAUGUUCUCCAACCUUGCCACAGCACUCAAUGGUAUGCCAUUUCCUCGGGGUUUCGCGAGGACACUCGCAAAGGAGUUGAUCGGUCCAUUUCUUCUCCCGGUGGCUCCUCGGCUAGCGAUGUUAGGAUUCACAUUCUCUCAGCCCUUCUUCAUCAAUGCAUUGGUGGCAAACAUUGCAGAAUCCAACAGCGUCUCCGCGGUGAACGAUGGCUAUGGACUGAUUGGUGCUUGCGUUUUAAUCUACGGGGGCAUUGCGCUGUCCACUUCCUUGUAUUCAUAUUACUCCCUGAGAGCCUUGCACAUGCUUCGUGCAUGUUUAGUUUCUGUCAUCUACCAGAAGAUGUUGGAAUCGGACACAAAUACGCUGGACAACGGUACAACAGUCACACUGAUGAGUACCGACAUUGAGCGCAUAAUGACCGGGUGGAUGGAUAUUCACUCCGUCUGGGCGAGUGUGAUUGAAAUUGCGCUUGGCUGCUAUCUUCUCCAUUCGCAGCUAGGCAUGGCAUUCCUUUCCCCAAUUAUUGUGAUACUAGUUUGCUUUUCAGGCAUGGCUUGUGUCAGUGCUAAAGCUGGGAACAGCCAGUCGGCGUGGAUGGAGAAGAUUGAGAACCGGGUUUCCAUGAUUACAACGCUCCUGGCUAACAUAAAGCCCUGUAAGAUCUCCAGAAUGGCCUCAGAGUUCGCCCACAUCCUCCAAACUGCACGUGACGAGGAGAUCCAGGUUGGAAGCCACUUUCGCUGGCUUCAAGUAAUCGCCGCGACACUUGCAUACACUCCCAUGUGUCUUUCGCCGGUUGUUGCCUUUGCUUUUGCCGGUCAGCACUUGAAUGUCGCGGGCUUCUUCACUUCCCUGUCAUUCUUGACCCUCGUCACCUCGCCUCUCACGGCUAUUUUCCAACAAAUUCCUGGCGUCAUCGCAGGCUUUACGUGUCUCUCCCGUAUCCUCCUGUUUCUCGAGGGGGGCAUUAGAUCCGAUCGCCGGACCGUUUUCAGACUACAAGAUAAUCAAAAGCCCGCGGCUUCCUCUGCUCCGUCUGCUGCCCUUGUAUCUGUCACCAACGGCCAUUUUGGCUGGACGCAAACGCAUUCUGUGCUCCGAAACAUCAACGUUAAUGUUCCACGAGGCCAGCUCACCGUCGUGGUUGGUCCUGUAGCCUGUGGAAAGUCAACCCUCUGCAAGGCAAUUCUCGGCGAAGUGCCCUUUGUGGAAGGAGAAGUCCUAUUGACUUCUCGCAUCCCGUCGGUUGGGUAUUGUGCCCAGACUCCAUUUUUAUCCAACCUCAGCAUCCGGGACAACAUCAUUGGGUUUUCCCCCUUCCACCCAGGGAAAUAUCAAGAGAUCAUUACGGCCACAGCUCUUGGUCCAGAUAUAGCAAUGCUACCAGCAGGGCAUGACACUAUUGUUGGCAGCUGCGGGGCCAUGCUAAGUGGUGGGCAGAAGCAGCGAGUGUCCUUAGCUCGUGCGCUAUACCAGGAGACUCCUCUGCUACUCCUUGACGACACCCUUACCGGACUCGACCAGGCUACAGAAGCCGAGGUAUUCGCCCGCGUUCUUGGUGCAGAAGGGCUUAUACGCCGGCGAGGAACGACUGUCAUUCUAUUCACCAGUUCCUGGCGGUAUCUGUCGUCAGCGGAUUAUAUCAUUACGGUCGGAAAGGAUGGUACUAUACGUGAACCCGGCCACGAGACGGAGCUUCUUGAGCAGAAGGACGAGCUUUUUAAUCCUGAGAAGAAUACAGAAACAGCUUUCCCAGCCAGUACAGAUAGCAACGCCUCAGUUACACAGCAGAGUCACAAUAUGGUGGUCAAAGGCAAGGCAAGCCAAAACCUCCACGUUCGGGCCAGCCAAGUAAGAGAUCUUGAUGUGUAUAAAAACUACUUUGGCACGAUACGCACAGCUGUCUUGGUAACCUUCGCGCUAUCCUGUACAUUGUUUGGGUUCGGUGGUAGCUUUCCCACCGUUUGGAUUAGCUUUUGGUCCUCGAACUCCUACAACGCCCCGAACUCCUACAACGCCCCGAACGCGUUCUAUAUUGGCAUUUACAGCCUUCUGAGCUUCCUCCAGCUUCUUGGCUUUUUCUUGGCCGCUCUUAUGGCCCUGGGCCCUAUGGUUACAGACGCAGGAUCAAAGCUUCACUCUAAUGCCCUCACAACAGUCAUUCGCGCCCCAUUGCGCUUCUUUACUGACACUGACACUGGGGCUAUCACCAGCCUGUUCUCACAAGACAUAACUAUCAUUGACGGUGAGCUUCCUGAACGCUUGUUCAAUAUCACAGCCGGCCUUUGUGGUAUUAUAGGGGCGGCGUGUGUGAUUGCUGUCGCCUCUCCGUGGCUGGCCCUGGUGUACCCGGUAUUAGUGAUAAUAUUUUGGAUCGUCCAGCGACUGUAUCUCAGAACCUCGAAACAAUUAAGAUUUUUAGACCUCGAGGCCAAAGGCCCCUUAUAUGCCAACUUCAUGGAGACAACCCAGGGCAUAACAACGAUCCGGGCCUUCGGGUGGACCACUCAGAAGCUUGAACAUAAUCACUAUCUGCUCGAUCAGUCACAGCGUCCAUCCUAUCUUCUUGGAGUGAUCCAGUUCUGGUUACUUCUGACAGCGAAUCUUAUCACAACCGGUAUCGCAACCUCAUUGACAGUGCUCGCCACACAGCUCCGAACAGAUCCUGGAUUUACUGGUGCCUCUGCCGUGACCCUCAUGACGUUUAGUGGGCUUGUCACUAUCUUCAUCCGAGAUUAUACCGCUUUCGAGACCUCACUUGGAGCUGUGAGCCGUCUGAAAACUCUGAGUGAUAAUGUCAAGGCAGAGGCCCGGGAAGGGGAAGAUCUCCACCCAGACGAGCAAUGGCCCAAAAAGGGCAGCAUUGAAAUCGAGAGACUUUCGGCUUCCUACGAUGAUGUUCCUGUGGACCAUCCAUCGGGCGAAUCACACCCCAACCUUAUAUUGAAAGAUCUCAGCCUCACAAUCGCUCCCGGCGAAAAAAUUGCAAUCUGCGGACGCACCGGGAGUGGCAAGUCGUCUCUUGUCCUUCUACUGCUCCGUCUCCUAGAUCCAAUAUAUAGUCCAUCCGCAAAGCUCACAAUUGACGACAUACCAAUCCAGCAUGUUGACCGUUCAACUUUACGUGAACGUAUCAUCGGAGUGCCACAAGAUGCAGUAUUCCUCCCCAACGGCAACACUGUGAAGGAUAAUCUCGACCCAUCAGGCCUAGCCACUGAAGAUGAAUGUCUCUCGGUGCUUAGUACAGUCAACCUGGACGGAUUGGCUAAUGGGUCACAUGGUCUCCAUACACCCCUAACGACGAAUCACCUCAGUGGCGGGCAGAAAAAGCUAUUCGGCUUGGGGCGCGCAAUCCUACGUCGUAUCAUAAGGGAUCGAGCUACAACAGAUACAGAGAGUCAUGGGGGCAUAUUGAUACUUGAUGAAAUUAGCAGUGGAGUUGAUGCGGCCACUGAGAGAACCAUGCAUGAGAUAAUUUCCCAUCAGUUUGAGGACUACACGGUUCUCGAGGUGGUGCACGGGCUGGAUAUCGUGCCACACUUCUUUGACCGCGUAAUCGUUAUAGAAAACGGUUCCAUUGUGGAGAGUGGGUCCCCAGCAGAGCUGCUUCAGAGGCCAAGCAGUUGGUUCAAGCAGCUUCUUCUCAUGAAUAGCGCCUGUGAUCAGCCAUAA